GUCUUUUGAUAAUCUAAGCAAUUUUGAGUUAAUUAAGCGAUAAAAUGCACAACCUGUCUUUGUAUGAUAAAUUGGGCGCCCAUUAGUGGUACUUAUGAAUAAUUUAUGUCAGCAUGUUCGAACAUAUCAUGUGUCAGAGUAGCGUUGUACGUAUUAAUUGUCAGAUGAAUUGUAGAUGCUCUUUAAAUAUUUUGACCGUGAGUUGAGUCGUUUUUAUAUAAUACAGUGCCCUGACUUUGUCCUCUCAAAAGGUCGAAUAAUAAGUGAGAAAAAACCCAGUCAAAAGCCUAUAAUUGAAAAAAAAAAUCGGAAAGUUUGUGAUCAAACCAAAGUAGCUAACCUCUCUAGAACUUUAGAAAAGUUGGAAGAAGCUAGAAAAAUCAUGACUUAUUUGCAGGAAAAGCAAAAACCAGGUAUAAACUUGAAAGCAAAUCUUACCGGACAGAAUCAGAAAUUGAUUGCAUUUCGCAGGAUAACUGGUAAUAAGACACGGCUAUUUAGAUAGCGGCUAAAUUGCAAAUAACGCGGCAAUUUAUGAGGUUGUUCUUAAUUAGUAAGUGAAACAUUUGACCUAAAUGUGAUGUUAACGCUACAGAUCAAUAAACGCAUCCAAUCAAAGCAAGUGACAAAACAAUUUCUUCAAUUGAUCAACCAGACUCAAGAGGCUACUUUUAUUGCGUCACUGGCUUGUACCAAUUAUUGGCAGCUUUUCAAGUCAUCAGAACCUUCUUAAAUAAAGUUCCAGUCAUUUAAAAUGACCAGUAUCUCGCUGAAUUUGCAUUCAGUAGCUCCUAGGCUGCUGUACGAUGAUAAUGUCCUUGCUUUUAAAUAAAAUGCUAUACGAACAAGAGGACUUUGUAUACAGUACGAUAGACGAGUUCUACUGGGAUGACGAAGUGUAUGAAAUGGUGGAGAUGGGAGUUUCCGGCUGUGGAUGGCUAAGCGUAGAUGAUCCUGUGUUUUGGUGCGUGGCUCCUGCUUACCUUGAAGAGAUCGUCUGGUUAUUUCGUACAGCACCGACUCGGCAACCCUAUGAUGAGCCAGAGCUCCCUCUUACUCUCUUGGAAUACUAUCUACGCAUGGACCUCUUGGAACUGCUAGAUAAAUUGUCUCUAGCACCGAAAAGGAUCCAUGAUGCGUUGUGCAUCACAUGGGCACGUGUCACCAAGCGCCGCAAGCUUUCAACAGAAAAUCGUUUGAACCAAUCCUUAAGGCCCAAAAUAGAAUGGUUGUUCGAACAAGACCUAACGAACUUGAAAUUCUAGUUUUUAAAUUGAGACAAUUAUAGAUAACUAACUGCGUGAUGAGAAAAAUUUUUGUACGUAAAAUAAUCACUAUGUUAUAGCAGAAAAAUGUCAUUAAUGUAUACGUGAUUAAUUUGGUCUUUGCCUAACGCUGUUGAAUUUUUUGUAAAUCAAUAAACACAAUAUCGCAUAAUUAAUACAUAAUAUAAUGUUUAUUAUCCUUUUGACUUGAUUAACCCAAAAACUUACCAAGUGAUUAAUCCUACAACGUUUGAUCUUGAAUUUCUGAUUACAAGCUUAAUUAUACACCUUUAUCU